UGGUGACAGCGGAUACCAACUGCGAUCAUAUAUAAUGACACCGUUGGGUAAUCCAAGAACUCGCUCCGGACAACUAUAUAAUGAAUCGCUGAUUAGAACUCGAAAUACUAUUGAACGAACAUUUGGAGUGUGGAAGAAAAGGUUUCCAGUCUUAGCUCUUGGAUGCAGAUUUCAGAAAACGGAUACAUUACUAGCUAUGAUAGUAGCUACUGCAGUAUUGCACAACAUUGCCAGACGUGCUGGUGAACUUUUGCCACCAGACGAUCCGGCACUUCAACUGUCCGCACCAUGGGAACACAUUUUGAAAGAAGGUAUAAUAAGACACGAAUUAAACAGGCCACAUCGAAAUAGGGUACAAAACCAUGUGCAAAAUGCAUUAAUAAAUGGUUACUUCCAAAGCUUGAUAAGAUAAAAUCGAGUAAGGAUUUGUUAA